UGAAGCUGUUGAAUCCAGUUCUCUGAAUUUGCAGAGGGCCACAAAGAUUUUCCAGAGAAUCUCUCUCUCUCUCUCUCUCUCAAAUCUGUAUAAAAUUGGCAUGGAUUACAGCAGGUGGCCUGAAGUUCAAGCGAAACCCAGUCCACCAAUGGACCCAUAUGUUCCAAUCUACAAUACUCAUUACCCACACUACCCUCAUCCCCAACACCACCACUUUCAUCACCUCCCAAAUCCUAACCCAGACCCCAACCCUAACCUUAGGCUACAAAAUCCUUAUUCGGUUGUCAAGUCCCAUGAAACAUACAGCUUUGGUGCGGAGCAUGGGCUUAGGCCUCCAGGGGUUGACUCAUACGCCUACCUCAACUCUCACCCAGCUACCCGUGUGGGCCAUGAAGCCACGCAGCCGGUCGUCACCUACGCUCAUUAUACACUGGGUUCCGCCUCCUCCACGAUGCCGUCCGAUUGCUAUCAGGCCCCAAGUGCCCAGAGUUGGGGAGCCAAGCCCAUUGGGUAUGCAGUUGGCCUCGCAAUACCUCCAAAUGGGACAGAGCAGCUGAUUACUGCAAAUGUGAACUCCAUCUUGUGGACUACUUCAACAGUUCAGGCUCGUAGCAGUGGCACUAGGAAGAAGGGAGCAAAGAAAAUGAAGAUAAUACAAUCUGCAUAUUGUGAAGUUUGCAAAGUUGAUUGUAACAGCGACGAUAUCCUUGCCCAGCAUAAACUAGGAAGGAGGCACAAGAAGAACAUGGAGAAGCUAAAAGACACAGUUGCCCCUGUGCCUACUGUUGAAGCAAGUUCAGACAAUCCAGUAAUUGGACCACCAGAAAACCCCAAUAAAGGCAAAGCUGUUAGUGGGAAAAAGACCAAGGCGACAGCUGAAUCUUUAGAGGAUUUGGAGACAAAGAGAAGAAGGAUCGUGGAAUGUGGGGCUGCAGCAGAUGCAGUCAGGACAUGUUCAAUAUGCAAUGUGGUGUGCAACAGUGAGACAGUUUUCAAUUAUCAUCUUGCAGGACAAAAGCACGCUGCCAUGGUGAAGAAACAUGCAGCUGGAAGAGGGGUGGCCACUGCCACAUGAAGAUGGAACAUUUAUUUAUUCGUUUAUUUUGAAAUUUUAGGGAGAACCAAAACUGUGAAUUCUUGCAGUUUAUUCUUUUUCUGUUUACAGUAUGUUCUCCCGCUCCAUAUUCACUUACAUAAUCCAUUUCCAUACAAAAAUUACUUCUAAGUUUUGUGGAAGAUUGAUUUUUAAUGAACGAUACCCUUCAGGGACAAAUACUUUAUAGGUGA